AUGACGGUGGAGACGGGGUCGCACUGGCAAGCAGAGGUGGACUGGGCCUGGGUCGACACCGCCGCUGCGGCCAACGCCGACGACGACCACCCCCACGUCGUCGUGUCGAGGAUCAAGGAAGGGACGAGGAAGAGGCUGUACGAGCACGGCGAGGGUGAGCUGGACAGGGAGAUGGACAAGAUGUACAAGCGCGACUACUGGGAGCGAGGACCCGGCCUACGCGCCCCUGCUGGAGCUCUCCGGCCUGCUCCUCGCGCGCGCCGAGGCCAUCGAGUGCUUCAGUGA